AUGGAGAAGAAGGAGAUAAUGAUGAGUGUGAAGAUGGAAGAUGCAUCAUCACUAUUCAGCAAUAACAUUCCAUUAUGGAGCACUACUACAACGGUGGUGGUGGUGGUGGUGCUCCUCUCAACUACUACUUCAGCAUCACCUCUUUCAUCAUCCGUGUCCACCACUACUACUGUGGACCAAGCUGCACCGUCAUCUCAACACGCCGACAAAGUGUUGAAGGCGAAGAAGACAAAUGGGAAGAAAAGAGAGAGGGAAGCUCGAUACGCGUUCAUGACAAAAAGCGAGGUGGAUCAUCUCGAAGACGGUUACAGAUGGAGAAAGUACGGCCAAAAAGCUGUCAAAAACAGCCCCUUUCCAAGGAGCUAUUAUCGUUGCACCAGUGGAUCAUGUAAUGUGAAGAAGCGUGUGGAAAGGUCUUUCACUGAUCCAACAAUUGUGGUCACAACAUAUGAAGGUCAACACACACAUCCAAGUCCACUUCUAAUGCCUCGCUCUUCAUCAUCAUCAUCAUCAAUGCCUCAAACCUACUUCUCCCACCAACACUAUCUACACCCACAUCAUCAACAACUCUUAUUUAAUACAUUCCCUUCUCUUGAUUUUCCUCCUCCUCCUCCUCCUUCUUCAUCUCAGGACACCACCAAUAACAAUGCAUUAUUUCCUCUAAGCGACCAUGGCCUUCUUCAAGAUGUUCUUCCUUCACACAUGUUCAAGCAAGAGUAGAUAAACAUAGAUAUAGACAUGUGAUUUAUUGCUUGGUUUAUUUAUGCGAUGCUGACUUAGGAAGCUCCAUUGGUAGUAGUAGUGGUAGUAUAUCUUAGUUUCCUUCUCAUCACUCAUGAUCGAUGAUCAUCAUAUAUACCUGUGAGGUUCCUACUUCAUUUAUCUAUUUUUGCACAUAUAGACCUUAAUUAUCAUCAUAGUUAAAGUUUAUUUAAUAUUAUUUUUAGAGAAAUUGGAUACUCUGAACUUGAAAUUACUUGUUACAUUGUCAUUGCCACAUAAAACAACAAAGUUUCCGUUGGAGGAUUGGAGUGUCUGAGAAUGAUUAAAAAAUAGUACGAGUACUGGUACUAAAUCCUAUUGUGAAUCUUCUAGUUUCUGACUCCUCGUUUGUCUUGUAUAAUUGUUUCUUUUUAUUGAAGGAAUGUGCAUUAGUUUCACUGAGGCAUAACAGGAAAGAGGGUUAGGUCUAGGUUUUUAAAGGGUAACUACAAUUGGUGUGUGAGUUUUGCUUUUUUUCUUCUGUACCGGGAAUCAACGGGUAAAGAAUUAUAGGGAAAUGUGCUUCUAUUUUUCUUAUGUUUGAAGGAUCCGGUGGUGAAAGUUGUGCCCCAAAAAGGUCAAUGAGGUAAUUAAAUGGUGGAGUAAUUCAACCAUUAACAAUCCAUUUUAA